AUGCCGACAGCCAAGACGCUCGGUAUAGCACUGGCAGUUCUGGUCGGUCUCGGGCUGGUGGUGGGGAGCGUAACGUGGGCUAUUCUGGCUACCCGAGGUCCGGCACCCCCCGAACUUAAGCCACUAGACUGGUGGGAGAAUGCCGUCAUUUACCAGAUAUACCCGAGAUCGUUUAAAGACAGCAAUGGUGAUGGAAUUGGGGAUUUGAAAGGGAUCACAUCGAAACUGGAGCACUUCAUAGACGCCGGCGUCGGUGCGAUAUGGCUCUCUCCAGUCUUCGUCUCCCCCAUGGUGGACUUUGGUUAUUGA